AUGACGAGCGCUGUGACGGCGCCGAUGCGCGCGGCCGGCUGGAACGUACGGCUGACGAUUGGUACCUGCGAACGCCCUCACGAGUUUGCAGGCGUAUACCAGAACCCUCGCGCGCCGACACUGACGUUUGCCGACAUCUGCGCCGAGCUAGCGCUAUGCUUUGAGAUUCCGCCGGGCGGUCAGGGCGAAACACAAGAGAAUAGCGAAAAUGCGAACAUUUCGUGGACCAACAGCAUCGCCUUUGCGCUGACCGAUAUCGCUGACGAGGCCGACGACAUAACCCAGUACCCAGCCUUCAUCACCCACGAGACCCUAGACAAGACAGUGCCGGGUCUGCCAUCGCCCAGCAUGCGAGAGCCAAGAAAUAUAACAUAUCACAUUGUGCUCCAUAGACCCUGCAGUCUUACUGCUGGCUUGCUUAAGGAUCAUCUUCAAGCACAAUGCGCUCACUACAUUUCCGACCCCCGCCGUUUUCACCACCCCUCGUACCUCCCGUACAAUAAGACGCCCUCGGAUCCUCGCCUCAGCGUGAUGCCCCUGCGACGCAAGCUCAAGGCUCGCUCUCAAUCGCCCCCUAAGCGCUCCGCCGGCUCGACUUCGCCUGACAAACCGGACGAGGGCGAGGGCGACGACCCCAGUAGCAUGCUCGCCCCCGCCAGCCUGGAUAUUGACAUGGACUCGGCUAAGAAGCAGAUCAGCCACUUUCGCAUGGCAUGCAUCGCCCAGGCCACCUGCUGCGCCGUGUCGGGCGACGGCGAGCCCUGGAGUUCGAUCCAGCCCAUCGGCCCGGGCGUGCAUGCCUGCCACAUUGUGCCGCAGCAGCACUUUCACCUCUAUCCGAUGGAGAAUGACAACGGAGACGGCACGCUCGAGGACAGUGCACGUCGCCUCUGCCAGGCGUGGCACAUGACAUGGAGCGCCGACAAUGGCAUCCUGCUCAUGAAGCACCUGCACGACUUCUUCGACUCGCGCCUCUUCUCCAUCCACCCGACCACACUGCGCAUCCGCAUCUUUGUGCCAUAUAAAGCGCUUGAACCGUACCAUGGGAAAAAGGCACAGGUGGCCCGAAGCGUCGACCGCAUGGCCCUCCGCCACCACUACGACAUGUGCUGCAUCGAAAAUAUGGCGGCCAAGCGCGCGACUCAGGAAAUACCGUCAUCAGUCGCGACGAGCAGGAUGAGCACGUCGGUCACGGGCGCCAGCCUCGUCCACACAGCCAGCGCAGGCAGCACGCCAUUUAACGGCCGGACGGACCUCCCGUUGACGCCCCCCUCUGGGCACACCUCAACGCAGACUGUGCCGGGCGAUCCGUCUAAGAGACGGCGGCCGGCCCAUGAAGAUGACCACGAUGCCGACGAUGACGACGAAGACGAAGACGAUGCUGAAGAUAAAAAUAAAGAUAGAAGAAAGCAAGUGCGACGAGAGGAACAGUAUGGCUUUGACAGCUACAUCACGCCGUACAACAGCCGCGCGUUCCUCGCCGACGUCAAUUGGGAGCUACGGAGACUUCAAGGGCCGCAAUAA